UUAGAUGUAGAAACGUGCGGGAAACGAAUCUCGAUGUCAUCCAGUAGUAUAUUCAGCCGUGUUCCAGUCAUUGAUGUGCACCAGGAAAACUUCCAGGAAGUAUGGCCGUCACUGGUUCUCGCCAUCAAGUCCGCAACAUUUAUUGGGAUGGACUUGGAGCUGAGUGGUCUAGGAAACAGAAAAGCAUUGAAUUUCAGGGCAAUGGAUGACCGGUACAGAGCAAUGGCAGAUGUUGCCAGGUCAAGGUCAGUUCUCUCACUUGGUCUCUCCUGCUUCAAGUGCACCGACAUCCGGACAGCAGAGGUCAAGGUCAAGGACACAGAACCCACCUCUCCAUCUAAGGCCAAGAAUGACUGGAAGUACUUGGUGCAGACAUUCAACAUUCUUGUGCUGUGUGAGGAGGACUUUAUAGUGGAGCCCAUCACACUCAAGUUCCUGGUUGACCAUGGAUUUGACUUCAACAAACAAUAUUCUAAAGGAAUUUCAUAUUAUAGAGGAAACGAUAAGACAACGGACUCUGACUCUAAAUCUCUGCGACAGCUCAUCAACAUCCUGGUACUGAACAAGGCUCCGGUCGUCUUCCACAAUGCUCUGAUGGACUUGGUGUUCCUGUACCAGAGCUUCUAUGCCUCGCUGCCUUCAUCAGUGGCGGCAUUCGUCACAGACCUGACUGAAGUGUUCGAGGGAGGAGUGUUCGACACCAAGUACAUCACAGAAUACAUGGAGAGACUCCCAGCAUCCUACCUUGAGUAUGCCUUCAGACGAUGCCAGAGGAAGAACAGCUUCUCGCUGCCUCAUGAGAAGGAUGUAGUGAGCCUUGAGUUCCUUGACUACCCCACCUCCUACACAUACGUCCGCUACAGCCGCUGUGAGCUGCCGCAUACGAUGGUGGAGCGGGGAGAUGAUGCUGACAGCGACUACCUUCAGCGGACACUGUGUCAUCAGUAUGCUUCUUUCGGAUGGUGCUCGCGCGGCAGUAGCUGCCCAAAGUCACAUGACAUAGAUGACAUCAUUGACCUGGACGGUAUAAAACCAGCAAGAAAGAGUCGGAAGAGAAAGCGUCGACGUAAUAACCAACUGAACUCAUCCAGCAAUGAGGAAGAAAAAGCGGAGGAGACAGAUGAAAGCACUGAAGACUCUUGUUCAAAGGAUGAAGAAAUGGAGUCUGAUUCAACUGUGACCAAAAAAAUGAGAGUCAUCUCCCCUGUUUCUGAAUCAUAUGAAACCCAAAACAAGGUCAAGUCACUUCCAGCUAAAACCGGUUCGGAGUCAGAGUCGGGUUUGAACAAUCUGUCAAACAAGAGUGACCUUGGCAUUGCUAGAAAGGAAGGUCAUCGUGCAGGGUACGAUGCCUUCAUGACUGGGUACAUCAUGGCAUAUUAUUUCACCAAGUAUGGGAAAUUACCUGCGGAAAAGAGGCGGAAUGUGAAGCUGACUGACUUGAACGUUGAGGAGUUUAAGAAUAAAGUUUAUUUGUGUGGUAAAGACAUUCCUUUGGUGAUAACAAAAAGUUCUUUCACAAAAUCUUCCAAGGACCAUCGUGAAAAGAUGCAGAAAAUUAAAAGUUGAUGGUUUUCAUUAACAUUAGUUACAGUAUUGACACGAUAUUGCUGACAUUAUGUGCACUGACCUUUCAACAAGAAAAAAAGGCAGUUGGAGUAUUUUUAAAUGGAGACAACUCAGGGACACGGCACCAUGGUGCAGUCUUUAUUGGAGCCUAUGGCUGGUAAAUUGGUACAGCAAUACAAUGAGGAUUCUGGGUGGGAAUAGGCCCAAGGUGCCAUGCUGGUAUCAAGAGUCAUCUAAAAUGAAGAUCUUUGAGUACAAAUGUGCGACCUGGUGUGCUAUUAGUUGCUGAAAACAUAGACAACAAAGACUGAUAACUCAAGAUAUUGAUGGCUCAUUAAUAUGUUUACUAAUCAUCGCGAUCUGCAGUCAACAGUCAUGUGUUGACCCAAAAGGUUUGUCGCAUAAACAGAGGCCUGAAUUAAUGUGAUUUUAGUAGUUGCAUCCCUUGUUGUCAUGAUAUAUAUACUUAAUUUCAGAAGAAACAUGAUCUUAAGAUCAGUUUUAAGAAUAAUUCUUUUUAUAUUGUUGUUUUGAUUGGAAAUGAAAGUAAAUUUUAAAACUUACCCUAUCGCAGACUAUGCAUUUCUCCUACUUCUUUUUAGUGGAUUUGCCUACAAUACCAGAAACCGGAAGUUGAUCUGUUUGUGACUAGAUGCAACAAUCUACUAGCAAGAAUCUUCCCCGCCCAUCCCGGACCCCGGGGAUGGAAUUACGAUGCACUAGCCAUCUCUUAGGAAGGACUUUACUCGAUAAUGGGCCCUGAUAUUUUUUAAGAUCAUCUCUUAUGACCUUAAGAAUCUUCUUAAAGGCCUCUGAAUACUUAUGACAUCCAUGCAAACACUUAUUCCUCCCAGUAUCAGCAACUGCAGGCUCUGAAGUGUCCCAUACUACAGCCUCCUGGUUGCGUUCAGUGAUCUUAUCUUAUGGGGGCGGUCGGGUAGCCUAGUGGUUUAAGCGUUCACUCGUCACGCCGAAGACCCGGGUUCGAUUCCCGACAUGGGUACAAUGUGUGAAGCCCAUUUCUGGUGUCCCCCGCCAUGAUAUUGCUGGAAUAUUGCUAAAAGCGGCGUAAAACCAUACUCACUCACUCACUAUUAUCUUAUGAUUGUCACCUCUGGUUGCCUCCAACCCACAUGAGACACGAGCGGUUCUAUCUACUUUGGUGCUACAUAACAAAUGCUAGUUCCUUCUUCCAUUGGGUGCCCAGACAAGUUCCAAAGAGGGAGGGUAGGCAUAUUUGUCUGUUUAGACUUUGGUCUAUGUGUCAUCAUUAUCAUGGACAUUAUUGGCUAUGAUAGAAACUCUCCCCUUGUCCAUAUGUAAUGAGAUUUUGCCAAUUAUCAGAGAGAUAUUUCGCCUUCAAACUGUUGGAAUUGUAUUUGAAUUUUGUUAUUUCUGACUAAAAUCAUGAUGCAAUUAUUGAAUUAAUGUUACCUGAUUGUGAGUCAUCUCAUAUCUGUUUUCGAACACUUACUUAUUCCACCAUGAAUAUUUAGAAAUAUGUGAAUGUAAUUGGAUCAUGAGCAUUGUUACCUGAAAAGUAAUACCAUUUACAUUAAUAUUUAUGUAUUUCUUCUUUGUUUGUUGACUUUUGGAGGAAUUAUUGGCGAGGACAAUUACAGAUUGUGUAGCACACGUGUCAGCUGUUCAUUAUGUUGGCAUGGACAGUCAAAAGUCUGCCAGUAUCAGAUUUCAAAGUCUUCAACAAUGUGAGUUUAGAUUAUAUCUAAAUCUUCAAAGUGAUAAGACAUGAAAUAGCGACUGUUGCGGUCGAUUACAGGAUUUGCAAAGCAUGUGUACUGCCAAUGUGGCAUCAGCAGAUAUUUUCCAAGUCUUCACAUGUUUUUAAUUAAGGUGCUCACGUGAUUUCACCUGUUUUAUCGCAAUAAACCGGUACAUCUUGAUUAUCGAUCAUAUUGUCUUGACUGGGUGGGGCGGUCAGGUAGCCAAGUGGUUAAAGCAUUUGCUCGUCACGCCAAAGACCAGGGUUUGAUUCCGACAUUGGUACCAUGU